CUCUCUCUAUACACGAUGGCCAACAGCUUGCUCUCACUCCGCCCGUCCGUCCCUAUACCACGCAUUACUCUCCCGAGUUCUAAACCACAACUGAACGAGCGUAUUGAAUAGGAUCAGAUCGAAGAAUGGCCCGGUUCGCGCGCGCGGAGGGCGCCAACAACGACUACAACCACCAUUGCCGAACCUGCAAGGGGGCUGUGACCACACGAUGCUUCGAGAAGUACCACAUCUAUCACUGUGAGGAGUGCGGUACAGUUUUCCAGUCGUUCAGCAAGUCUGGGUGCAACUACCACACGUACGCCGAUGGGUACAACCUCAAGGUCAAGAAGGUGAAGAGUGGCUUGCCCGAGCACCAUCGCACCCCGUUCGAGCUUCAGCUAGAAGCUACGAUCCGUGCUGAGCGUGAGCGUCGGGGUGCGGAGGCCACGAGAACCGCCGCUGCCCAGCGGGACCCACGGGAGGAAGAGUCCAGGAAGGCAAAUAGGGGCAAGAAGAGCAAGGUGGUGCAGAAAGCGGAGAAGCGUAGACCCUAUGACAAUCAGAGCUAGUUUUGUCACGACACCUGGGCAUACUAUCUGCCACAUUCUGGACCACCAUGAUGAGUGGUUGAGCUUAGUGUACCGGACACUGUCGGGGUUCAGUAUUAUCUUGAUUAACGGACGGCGGCUUUUCUCGGUCCACCACAUCUUAGCGGGUCUCCCUCGCACACGUUGCUAUCUCGGGGUGGCGAGGAUUGAAAUCUUUGACGGAACGGGCCGUGUAGAUCUUGAUGAGUGAGUUUGAACUUCAAGACGGAAUAUGAGUAUUCAAUUGUUGGGUAUCCACUAAAAGUCUA